AUGGAGUCGCUGAACGUGCUCAGGGCUGCCAACUCGAGACCGCCCGAUGGUUUUGAGAAGGGGCCAUGGAGUCCUGGGGAAGAGGGUUUCCUGCCGCCAAGGCGCUCCGGGUCGCUGAAGACGGUCACGCGUUCUCCCAGUUUUAGCUCGAACUCUGGCGACCAGUCCAAAAGGGAUUGGAGGGGCCUGGGCCCCUCCAGGUCCAGGAGCGGCCUCCGCAUCGGCGAUGCCGAAAUUGAUCACAAACGCAGCGGAAAGAGGGUCUACGUCUUCGACUUCCUGCUGAAGGUGAAGUCGUGCUUUAUGGAGAAACCCCUGGACAUCGCUGUUGGGCAGUUUUUGAAGGACGCCAUUGCGCCAACGAGGAGCGGUCGCAACAGCGACCGAUGGGGCUCCAGGGGCGCCAGAGGCUCCGUGGAGGACAGAGACCGAGAGAGGGACCGGGAAAGAGAAAGGGAAAGAGAACGGGAUCGCGAUCGCAGCUCGAGGUCUUCUGGAGGCAUGUGGGGAAAGGACCCCAGCCAAGGCCGCACUGGUAGUGGGAGAAGCUACCGCAGCAGGGCUGGUGUCGAUAGGGGCAAAGGCAUCGACGAGGACAGAUGGGGAAAGGCCCCUAUGCCGCUAUCACCGUUCGGUGCUGCCUCCACACAGCUGCACAAGUCCGAAAACAGAUACGUUGUCGGGAAAACCACCAGUGAUGACCCUGAGGAGGAGAAACGACAGAAGUCGUUCAAGUCAAUUCUGAACAAGCUCACCCCAGAUAACUUCCAGAAGAUGUUUAAUCUGGUAUGUACCUUGUGCCUGAGGUGUGAAACGAACGUUCUGUCUUGUUGGUCGCCAGUAGAUAUAACUGGUGUCUAA